GACAAUGCAAACAAUGGAAAUGCUGAGAAAUUAAAAAAUCUUUUAUUUUUUUUUCUGACAGUUAAAUGAUCAGUAGAUCUACUUUACAACAAACAGUGAAAUGUACACGUUAUAGAGCACAUAAUUGUACAAGGUUCUUGUCUACAAAUAAUGUUAAAAUAAACCCUGCGCACGUCCAGCUACUUUCUCCAAGCUUACACGCUCAACUAUUCGAACCUUACGAGUCUCAAGAAUCAAAGAUUAAUAACCAGGAAUAUUCUUUAAAGAAGAAAUACGCUGAGGAACAUCUUAAACUGCAGGGUAUCUGGGGCAAGACACCACAGAAAGAGGAUCCUAUUGAUGUCAAACUGCCAAAGCUCAUGGGAAAAAAUCUGGAAGAACACUUUAUACGAAUUGGGCUUGAACAGGCAGAACCUUAUUUAUCACAAUGUGAAAAGCUUGUCUCGAUUGAUAUACCACCGACACCCACUCAGUGGAAGAAAACAGCCGGAUGGACACGUUAUGGAAAGGAUGGAACAAUAACAGCUGUAGGUUACCCACUUGAAGAUACCAUGGUCUUUGAUGUAGAAGUGUUGAUGUCUGAAGGAAAUUAUCCAACAAUUGCCGUUGCGGCCUCAGAGGAAGCGUGGUAUUCAUGGACCUCACCCUAUUUACUUGACCAGACAAAAAGCAAAGAGCAGUUGAUACCCUUUGGAAGAAGAGACGACAAGAGGAUCAUCGUUGGGCAUAACGUAGGAUACGAUCGAGCGAGGAUUGCAGAAGAGUAUAGUCGAAUGGAUUCAAAUAUCAGAUAUGUUGACACGAUGAGUCUGCAUAUUGCAGUAUCUGGUUUAUGCUCUCAACAACGACCUGCAUGGAAUGCUGAAUUGAGACGCAGAGAUCAAGAAUCGUCAUCAAACGAGCAGACAUUCUUUGACGUGAGCUCUUUGAACAGCCUGAAGGACGUUGCAAAAUUUCAUUGUAAAAUAAAUAUCGAUAAAUCUCAGCGAUCUAUCUUUGAAACCGGCAGUCUAUCGGAUGUACACACUCAAUUUAAUGAACUUAUGGAUUAUUGUGCAAAGGAUGUUGCUCUAACCCAUGCUGUCUAUAAAGCCGUGUUUCCCAUCUUUCGCAAGAACUGUCCACAUCCUGUUUCCUUUGCUGGUAUGCUUCAUAUGGGUAGCUCCUUUUUGACAGUAACAGAGCGGUGGGAAGACUAUUUGCAAAAGUCUUCAGGGAAGCAUAAAGAACUAAGCGACAUGCUUGAUGUAAAAAUACGCGAUUUGGCGGAAAAGGCAAGAGUACUCGUAGAUGACCCGGUGAUCUGGCAGAAUGACCCUUGGCUAAGCCAGCUGGAUUGGUUUGUCAAUCCUAGACAGAGGAAAUUGAAAGGAUCACCAAAAUGGUAUAAAGAUGCAUAUGAUACCAAGACAGCUACUUUGAAAAUAUCCACACGGUCACGCAUUGCUCCGAUCUUGCUACGGUUAAAGUGGAACGGAUACCCUUUACACUAUAUACCAAGUAACGGAUGGUGCUACAAGAUACUUAACUCAGAGGUGGCGGUGGAUCAAAGCAGUAAGGCAGCAGCAAGAGACGACACAUAUCACUAUUUCAAGGUACCUCACAAGGAUGGUGAAGAUGCGAAUUGCGGAAACCCUUUAGCCAAGAGCUACAUCAGUUCAUUUGAAGACAAAAUCCUUACUUCAGAAUACGAAGCAGCUAGAGAAGCCCUUGAAUUAAACGCAACAUCAGCUUAUUGGAUCAGUUCAAGGGAAAGAAUUCUUGGCCAGUUUGUCGUUUGGGAUUCGAAUUCAUCGGUUCAUAUGCAUCUGCCUCAAAAAUCAGAAGGAAAGUAUGGUAUGAUUUUACCGCAGAUGGUUACCAUGGGCACCAUCACUCGACGUGCUGUUGAAAAAACAUGGCUGACUGCAAGCAACGCCAAAAAGAAUCGUAUUGGAUCAGAGCUAAAGUCCAUGGUGCAGGCACCAGAAGGAUACAAGAUUGUAGGCGCAGACGUUGAUUCCGAAGAACUCUGGAUAUCUAGUGUUAUCGGUGACGCACAGUUUGGCUUUCAUGGCGCAACUGCCUUAGGCUGGAUGACCCUUCAAGGCUCAAAGUCAGAAGGCACGGAUCUCCACUCAAAAACAGCCAAUAUUUUAGGCAUCAGUCGAGAUAAAGCAAAGAUAUUCAACUAUGCCAGAAUUUAUGGAGCUGGCGUAAAGUACGCGACGAGCUUACUGUCGCAAUAUAGCCAAGGUAUCGAUCAAAAGACAGCGGAACAGCGUGCGCUGGAGCUGUAUUCAGAAACCAAAGGUGAAAAGGAACACUCUUCGAAAAACAUAUUCAAGCGCACUUUCUGGCACGGUGGUUCGGAAAGCUACAUGUUUAAUGCACUUGAAGAUAUAGCCUUGUCCCGAGAACCACGUACACCCGUUCUGCACUGCGCCAUCACCGAUGCUUUAAAACCUCAAUACGCGAAGGCUCAAUUUUUGACGUCAAGAGUCAACUGGGUCGUUCAGAGUUCAGGAGUGGAUUAUUUACACCUUUUGAUCGUCUCGAUGAAUCAUUUGAUAAGGCGGUAUAACAUUAAUGCAAGAUUUAUGCUUUCGGUUCAUGACGAGGUGCGGUAUUUGUCAAGCGCAGAGGAUAAGCAGCGAACUGCAUUUGCUUUGCAAGUAGCCAAUAUCUGGACUAGAGCCUUCUUUAGUUACAAGCUGGGUAUUCAUAAUCUGCCUCAAAGUGUUGCUUUCUUUUCUGCUGUGGAUAUAGAUCAUGUUUUACGAAAAGAACCCAAUAUGCCCUGCUUGACGCCUUCAAAUGAAGAGAAAAUAUCAGAAGGAGUCAGUUGCAGUUUAUUAGACACUAUUCGCGAACUCGAAGCGGACAUGGGGCCUGCGAACAACUUGGAAUGCCUCUUGGGUAAUUCAGAGUCAUUAGAACAAAUGAAGAUUGAUGAAAAGACUAUCAAGAGCUUGAUGGAUAAGACCAAGAAACGAAAAACCAAGGUCGACUUGAAUUUCAUCAAGGCUCAAAUGUAUAAAGAUUACAAAAACCAUUUUGAACAAACAUUGAAAGGAAAUAGAGAGACAGAAGAGGUAAUCAGAUGCGGAGAUGAUUUAGAAGCAAUAUAUAUGGACGCAUAUUAGAACAAUAGAAUGUAGAUAACUGUAAGAUAAAUAUACCACAUCUCCUCCCCUUUAUUAGUCGUCUAGUCCCUUUGAAUGUGAAAUUGAGAAAUUGUGUAUAUUUGCUCUAAU